AUGGCACGAGAGGUCCUCCUCCCAAGCUUCGGCUCGACAUUCCUCAAGACCAAGAUCAAGAACAGCAUCAAGAACGAGCCAUACGCUUCCUCAGAUCCCAACGACCACUCAGCCUGCGGUCUUACCCUCAUCAAGCGCACCACCAAGGGUUAUUACUCCUCCAUCAACGCCAAUCUCCAGCGCACCUCCAAAGUCACCAACUCUUCGCCCAAGCGUGUCGAUAUCAAAAACUACAGUGUUCAUCACAACAACGAGACCUCAAUCCUCAGUCCUUCCAAGCCCUACAAACACGGUAUUUGUCACCGCUGCGCCCCAGACGAUCACAGUGACUGCACCAUCGGUCCCUCUCCCGUCAAAUGA